AUGGCAUCAUCAUCACCUAGUAAAUUGCUUGAUUUACCUGAUGAAAUGUUUUUGAGUAUAUUGACAAAAUUAAAUACGAUUGACGUGUUUCACUUAAAAGGUUUAAAUAAAAGAAUUGAUAAUAUUGUAUAUGAUGAAGUUAUCACAAAUAAUGAAUUAUUAGAUUUAUUCUGUUUAAAAAUUUUACCAGAUAUUCAUUACAAGAUUCAAUCACUUAAUGUUGAAUUAUCUUCUAUGAAACCUAUCUUUCUUACAACAAUUUAUCCUAAUCUAUAUAAACUUGGUUUAUAUAAUGUUGAUGCAAAUACGUUUUUUUUUUAUUGGAGAGUAAGAAAUAAUAAUUCAUUUUUAAAUAUAUAUAAAAACCAAAUAACUUCAUUUAUUAUUAGGUUUAAUAAUAAAUCACAACGAUUAUUGAGUGAUUCAUUACGUGUUAUAUUCACAUCAAUUUUUAAAAUUUUUACGAAUUUAGAUUAUUUAAAUUUUACCGCAAAUUUAGUUGAUCAUCAACAAAUAUCAUUUGGAUUUUCAUCACCACCAAGUAUUGUUUCUAUGAAUUUAUUAAAAUUAAAUAUAAAUGUUAAUUGUUUUAAUGAUUGUCUGUAUUUACUUGAUGGUCGUUUUGAAAAUCUUCACACAUUAUGUGUUAGAAUUUCACGUAUUAAUGCAGAUGAAACAACAAUAAAUAAUAAAAAAAUAUUAUUUAAAUUAAAAUAUUUUUCAUUAACAUCCGAUGCUAGUACAAACGUAUAUGAUGAAUUAAUUGUUCCACUUAUACAUCGGAUGUUAAAUUUAGAAAAACUUCGUCUAUAUCUUCUAGUUGUCCAUAAAGAAACAUUUAUUGAUGGUAACAAUUUGAAAUAUAAUAUUAUAAAUUAUUUAUUAAAUUUGAAACAAUUUGGUUUUAAUAUACAUUCAUUUAUUCCAAGUGAUAAUCCAAAUGAUUUACCUUCAAAUGAAGAUAUUCGAAAAUCAUUAAUAAAUGUCGGAAAUAAUUAUAGUUUUUCUUAUAUUAAUUACUAUCCUGAAAGUCGUAUGGGUCAUUGUAAUAUAUACUCAUACUCAUGUUCAAAUGAAAUGAAAUUUUAUUACAAUAUAACAAAUAAUUUUCAAAGUGAAAUAUAUCAAUUUGUUACAGAAAUUUCUUUAUUUGAUGAAUAUCCAUUUGAACAUGAAUUUUUCAUUCGAAUAUCUCAAUCAUUUCCAUUUAUAGAAAAAACAAAUUUACCAAUAGCUCAAUUUAUACAUAUAAUUGCAUUAAAUUUCGAUGAUGCUCAUGAUGAUUACAUCGAGCAAUUUUUAUUUGAUACAAAAACAUGUUUAUCAAAUAAUGUUUCAAUUAUGGUCGAAUAUUAUCAAUUAGUACGUGUAACACAUAAUUUUAAAAGACCAGCAACAAAAAAUAAUUGUCAACAAUGUGGAUAUAAAUAUGAUGAUGAAUAA